AUGGCUCCCUCACGGAUAUCACCAGAGCCCUCAGUAGAGCCCCCGCAGGGCCUCACGCCGAAACAACUCGCCUCGUUCGAGCGCGACGGCUACCUCAUCAUCCCAGACUACCUCUCCGCCCAGACGUGCCAGAGCCUCCUUUCCAAGACGCACCAACUCCUCACUGACUUCCCCCUCGCCGAUCACCCCAUGACCAAAUUCACGACCGGCACCGACUCCCACGGCGACAGCACCUCCAAGGAACACGUCGGCGACGAUUACUUCCUCACCUCGGGCGACAAGGUGCGCUUCUUUUUCGAGGAGGACGCAUUCGACGCCCAGACCGGCACGCUCAACAAGCCCAAAGAACGCGCAAUCAACAAGAUCGGCCACAACCUGCACGGUCUGGUGCCCGAGUUCGGUAACGUGUCGCACGCCGGGCCCAUCGGACGACGCAACGCCGCGAUCGCGCGCGACCUGGGCUACCGCGACCCUCGCCUCCUGCAGAGCAUGGUGAUCUGCAAACAGCCUGAGAUUGGCGGCGCCGUGCCCCCGCACCAGGACUCGACCUUCCUGUACACGAACAAACCGUCGGCCGUGGGGUUCUGGAUCGCCCUCGAGGACGCGACCGUGCAGAACGGAUGUCUGAGUUUCGCGCCGGGGAGUCACCGCCGGGCCCCGAUCAAGGAGCGGUUCGUAAGGAAGGCCGAUAACUCGGGGACAACGUUUGAGGCCGUGCCGGAGGAGGCGCAGUGGCCGAGGGCAUUUCAGCACGAACCAGAAACAGAAACACAAACACAAACACAAACACAGGCGGAAGCACGGUCUGAGGCCACCGACGACGAAUAUACCCUCGGCGAAGUCAAGGCCGGCAGUCUGGUGCUCAUUCACGGCAACAUCCUGCACAAGAGCGAGAAGAACACGAGUUCCAAGGGACGCAUCAUCUACACAUUUCACAUUAUCGAGGGGCAGGAGCACUACGACGGGAAGAACUGGUUGCAAGUCCCCGGGGGGCCGGCAGCCUUUACCAAGCUGGACGGCAAGGUCGACACACAGACGUGA